UGUUAUAAUAUUAAGUUUAUAUUGAGUUUUGAUUUUAUUAAAGUGAGAUUGUUAUAGUAUUAUUUAGGGAAAUAAAUUUAGGAAUUAGUUUUAAUAAAUAUGGAUAUUGAAUUAUUGUGUGAGUAAUGAGUAAAUGAGAUUCUUGAAAAUUUGAAUAGAAAAAUGAGGAUGAUUAAAUAUGAUAAUUUAUGAUAUAUGAAAACUACAAGAUUGUAACAAUAUCAAGUUGUCAAUUUAACAAAUGAAGGCAAACGCUUCCAUUUAACUUCUGUGUCUUCUAAAUUUUCAUUAAGAACAAACUUGAAAUUUGGAAAAUAGUUGGUGUCGAUGCUAGAUUAAAUGAAUAUUGCAUACAUGUCAAUAGCAUUGAACUUAUCUUACAAACUAAUAUUAAUGAAUAAAUGAUUUGGAUGCAAUAAAUCAAUGAGUUCAUUAUAACUAAUAUUUUAUGGACGAUUAGUCUUUGAAGAAGUAGAUUAAACUUUUUUCUUUUUUGUGAUUUAUCCAUCAAUUGAUUGAUUAGUGGAUAGUGAUCUCAAUGAGUCACUCAUAAUUAGCAG